UUUUGUCAUUGCAAUUCGGCUUUCAAUAAUGUUUCCUUUUGGUCCAAACUCCAGAAGCCGCUUGCUCCUUCCGCUUCUUCACUCUGAAAGAUCUUUCUUUACAAUUUUAUUUUUAUUUUUAUUUUUUUUAUUUUGGAUCGACACCACCGCCAACCCAUUUCAAGAUUCUGUGCUCAAUCACCAGUUUUUUCCUGCAAAACACCCACAAAGUCUUUUCUGAUUGAACUCCGUCUUCAGAACACAAAACUUGAGAGAGAUAGCAGAGCACCGAAAUCGGGCUAUGGAAAGAGAAAGAAAAAAAGAAAGAGAAAGAGAGAGAGAGAAAACAAGAAAGAUAGAGAGAUGGGAAGAGAGAGAGCGAAAUCGGGCUAUGGGUGAAAAUUAUUUGGAACUGAGAAAGAAACUGAGAAAGAAAUUCGAGAGGGAGAUGGGUGAAAAUUAUUCUGUCUUGGGGGAAGACACAACGAGAUUCGAGAGGGGAUCUAUCAUGCAACAGACAGAGAGAUUCAAGAGGGAGAUGGGUGAAAAUUAUUCUGUCUUGAAGAUACUGAGAGGGCAUUUUGUCUUGAAGGAACGGAGAGUGAGAUUCGAAAGGGAGAUGGGUGAAGAGUAUUCUGUCUUAGAGAAACACAAAGAGAGAUUCGAGAGGGAGAUGGGUGAAGAGUAUUCUGUCUUAGAGAAACACAGAGAGAGAUUCGAGAGGGAGAUGGGUGAAAAUUAUUCUGUCUUGGAGAAACUGAAUCAUCUAAUGAUCAGUAACGCCUGCAAUUUGACCGCAGAUCAGAUUGAUCAUCUCGACUCUUUCUACAAUCGGCUAAGAUUCCUAGCAACCAUUCUCAAGGAUUUGGAAGAGAGGCAGCAGCAGCAGCAGCAUGAGCUGAACUAUGAACCUAAAAACCUGCCGAUGCAAAUUUAUCUUGUGAUCUGCAAGACGAGGCAACUCAUCCGUUCUUUUGAUCUUGACGUUCCAGGGCAGAGGGACAGCAACAACAACGGUGACAGUUUUUUUGAUAUUUUAGUUGGCACAAAUAUCAUGGAAGAGAUUAAGACGAUCAAGGCAAAAGUGGUGCAGUUUUAUGACCAGAUAAAUCAGAUCCAACUCCUACAAGAUUGUAAGUCUUUCAAUGAUGGAGUCCAUUCGUCAGUGUCAAUGUCAAUGGAGAACAGAACCAUGGUAGAUGAAGAAAUUACAGUGGGCUUUGAUGAUGAGGCGUUGACUAUAAAAGAGCUACUUGCUGGAGGGAAGAAGCAGCUACAAAUUAUAUCAAUUGUUGGGAUGCCUGGACUCGGUAAGACUACUUUAGCCACAAAACUGUACAAUGAUCCUUACAUCACACACUACUUUCAUAUUCGUGCAUGGACCUAUGCUUCUCAAUUACCCACAAAAACAGAUAUGUUGUUGGACAUUUUACGUUAUGUUAAUGUCGUCUUUACCAAUGAAAUUAAAAACAUGACCAAUGAGAAGCUAGGCGAAAAGUUGUACAAGCAAUUAAAAGGCAAGAGAUAUCUCAUUGUCAUUGAUGAUUUAUGGGAUAUUGGUGCCUGGGUUGAUCUUAAAAUGUAUUUCCCCAAUGACAACAAUGGAAGUAGAGUAAUGUUCACUAGUCGGCUCAAAGAGUUGUCUAUGCAUGCCUCACCUGAUUGCCAUCCUCAUUGUCUGCGUUUUCUCACUGAAGAAGAGAGUUGGGAGUUAUUACAACGGAAGGUGUUUCACAAUGAAAGUUGCCCUCCAGAACUGAUUAAAAUUGGGAAGCAAAUAAUGAAAAAAUGUGAAGGGCUUCCACUUGCAAUUGUUAUAAUAGCAGGACUUCUUGCAAAGAACAUCAAGACACAAGAGUCGUGGAUACAAGUUGCCCAAAGUGUAAGCUCAUACAUUGUUAGUGAUCCAAACCAGUACUUGGACACACUAGCACUGAGUUACAAUCACUUGCCUCGCCACUUGAAACCAUGCUUUCUCUAUUUGGGAGCAUUUCCAGAAGACCAAGAAAUCCCGGUGCAGAAGUUAAUUUCUUUGUGGGUAGCUGAGGGGUUUAUACAAAAAAUUGGGCAGAGAAGCUUGGAGGAAGUAGCAGAGGAUUACUUAAUGGAUCUAAUUCAAAGAAGUCUAGUAAUUGUUGCUCAAAAAAGGUUUGAUGGUCGAAUUAAAGCAUGUCGUAUGCAUGAUUUGUUGCGUGAUUUAUGCUUGAAGAAAGCCAGGGAAAUUAAUUUCCUACAGUGGACUCGCAAUUAUAAAGACGCUUCUCCUUCUUCUUCAAGUAAUUACGAAACAAAUAACCAACGUCACCUGUGCAUCCUUUCUUACUUCAGACCAAGAUUUGAUCAUAUUCUUUUACUGUCUUAUGCCCCAACAGUUCUUCAGUCAUUACUGUGUUUCAGACAUGAGUUUGAGAAAAUAAUUGGUUAUGACGACGAUUCGUUUGGUGAUAUGUACUCGUUUAUUUGUUGUACCUUCAAACUUCUUAGAGUGUUGGAAAUAUGCUAUAACAAUGCCUUCUUUCCAAGAGAAUUAACACAGCUUUUUAAUUUGAGGUAUUUGGCAAUUAAUUUGAAAUAUUCCUGUGAAUUACCACCAUCAAUAUCCAAUCUCUCAAACCUAGAAACACUUAUUAUUAUUUCUACAAAAUGGAGUGAGGUUAUUCUGCCAUGUAAUGUUUGGAACAUUACAAAAUUGAGGCAUCUUUAUGCUAAAGGACGAGCAAAAUAUGAUGGGUCUUUAUGUUCUGAAGAAGCAGUAACAAAUCACAACCACCCCUCUAUAUUAGGAAACCUACGAACCAUCGCAAACAUAAACCCCUGUGGACAUGUUCAGGAUUUAUUGGCAAGAACUCCUUUUCUUACAAAGCUGGGACUUUGUGGACAUCUGUUGUCAGAUUCAGGGAAUUUGAUGUUUCUUAAUCUAGAAUUUUUAAGACACCUUGAGACUUUGAAGCUACUGAAUAAGUUCUUGUACCCAACCAAUUUCCGAGAGGUCAAGUUUCCUACAAAUGUAAAAAGGCUAACCUUGAAAUAUACAAAUAUAGAGUGGGAGGAAAUUUCAAUCCUUGGGAUGUUGUUACCCAACCUUGAGCUUCUCAAAUUAGAAAAUAGUGCUGGUAGGGGACGGCAAUGGGCAACAACUGAUUGUGGGUUUCCUCGACUCAAAUUCUUGAAACUGAAGGACUACAGUGUUAAGCAAUGGAUCACCUGCUCUAGUCACUUUCCAAGCCUUCAACACGUGUUGCUGGCCGGGUGUAUAUCUCUCGAGGAAAUACCAUCUAGUUUGGGGGAUAUACUCACUCUGCAGAUGAUUGAGGUAAACUAUUGUCGUUCCACUGUUGUGGAAUCUGUCAGGAAAAUUAAAGAAGAGCAAGAGAGCAUUGGAAAUAAUUGGCUCAAAGUGCUGAUUAGGAAAUCUACGUUGGCCCUUUGAGUCAAAAUUGUAAUGAUACAACUUGUAAAGGAUGAAGAUUGUCUUGCCAUGGCUUCCCUCCUCUAUUCUGAAUCAAACAGAAAUUGUGUUUUCAAAGGUGCUAUCAGAGAAAAUAUACCAAUUAGAGAUUGAUUGUUUGAUUGUACUAGAAAUUGUUAGUUAAGUGUGCUUGUAUGUAAUAUAACUUUUUGUGAGUGCUUAUCUGUAAUAUAUAACUUAUAUUUGUGAGGAAAUUGUUGGAGUACUAUUCCAUAACUUGUUUACUGUCAAAAUAUAAAAUAGGAGUAGAGUUUGUCUCCAAAUUUACAUGGUUUAAGCAGAUUUAGGUGUUUGGUA